UGUUCUCCACCUUAAGUUACUCCAAAAUUUAAUUUCGAUGUAUAUCGAAAUAUAAGCCACUAUGCAAUAAUAAUAAUUUGGUGGUUGCUAACAAAGAACAUAAUAAAAUUAUUGGUUUCAUCAUAAUUAAAAAAUAAUUCGGAAUAUAUACAGCUGUCGUUUUGGAGUAUCUAGUGUUUCUCAUGUGUGGUGCAUCUUUACUUCUAUUUCCAGCUUUAAUAUCUAAAGACAAAUGAAUAAUGAUGAUAGAACCUCCUUAAUUAGCUUGAACUGUAAACUUGCAUAAUUAGAGAGAGAAAAAUAAUUAAGAAGCUUCAUUGACACUACGUACUUAUAUUAUUAUUUAGUUGUCUAAUAUAAUCUUUGGAGUAGAAAGAGGAAAAAUGAUAACAGAGGAAACACAAAUAUGGAGAAAGCACUCACAAAAGUUGGGAGCUUGAAAGUUGGUAGUAUUUGGAUCUCUAAGAAGGCCAAAGAUGAAUUCUCCACUAUUACUGAGGAUCUCUCUUCUAUUACAAGCACUAUUGAAGGUAAGGCAAAGUGGGUAUUGAACAAGUUGAAGGGGAAGACUCAAAAAGCCUUGCCGGAGCUCCUCCGCGACUUCAACCUUCCGGCGGGUUUGUUUCCUCAGGAUAUCAUAUGCUAUGAGCUUGACGAGUCAAGAUCAAAGCUCAUUGUGUACAUGUCCUCCCCUUGUGAGGUAUGCUUUAAGGACUCCAGCAUUGUGAGGUAUGCUAACCGUGUUAAGGCCACUUUAUCAAAAGGAAAGCUUACUGGAGUUGAAGGCAUGAAGACCAAAGUGUUGGUGUGGGUUAAACUCACUAGCAUCAAUGUUGAAAGUUACAAAUCUGAUAAACUUUGGCUCACUACUGCUGGUGUCAAGAAAUGUAGGCCUAAAGAUGCUUAUGAAAUGCCGCGUACUGCUGUUAGGGUGGAAGAAUUUUGAUACACUUAGAGGGUGUUUGGUAUGGAAAAUUUUGAUGUAGGAAACGGAUUCAAAUAAUUGUUUCCAUUUCUAUUUGUUUGGUAUGAGUGUUAAGUAACAAAUACCGUUUCCAAGGGGAAACAUAAUCCCCCCAUUUGUUACCCUUAUCAAACUAGUUGAAACAAAUCACGUUUCCUUCCUCAAUCAUAAUCCUCUCAACUGUUUCCAUUCCACUAGGAUACCAAACAACAAUUAAAGGUAAUGAUUAUUAUUUCCAUUUCCUCUCCUUAUCCAAAUCCUUUCCAUUCCGUUUACGUUUUCCAUACCAAACACCCUCUUAUAUGUAAAUAUAUACAACUUCUUGUGAGUUUCAUUUGCCUUAAUUAUUAUAUAUAGGAAAAAGUUUAUUCUUUGUGUUAA